CUUAAAACACCUCUGACCAAAUAUUUGACAAUAAAACAUAAAUGACCUCAAAUACAUGCCAAGAGGAGAAUUGAAACUCGGCCGAUGUAAACAUCAUAAAGAAAAAUCCACGUUCAGCGACGUCGACGUAGCUACCUUAGGUACCUACUCAGUAUAAGGACCUUAUUAUUUUAAAACCUAAACGUGGAUGACGAGUCUAAUAUUUUAUAUUUUAUAUUUUAAUGUUUAAGUAUUUAAAUUUACCCACAUUUCAUUUCUUCUGACAUCAACCACCUCAAGAAAUUCAUGAGAUAUUUAUCACCGAGAUGAGAUGGUGAGAUGGAUGGCCGCCAGUCACGUCUCCCACAAAAUCCUACUAGUUCAACCCUUCAGCAUGACAUCUCGCGACCAUCUUCACCCGAUUACGACGCGCCGGGAUCGUACAGGAACCUCCAUGACGUAGACGAACUAGGAGACCGUUUAGAUCCAGCCCAGCCAACCAAUGUUAGGGAACAGGAGCAGCUGAAAGCUCGGGUGCAACGGCGUCGUUCAUCUGUAUCACAAUCUAACUACGAUAUCCCGGAUUCUUAUGCAAACAUACCUGAGCUAGAGGAUAUAGCACCUAUCUCAAGCCGAGAUGAGCGCCGCUUGCGUACUACGCCUUCACUUGAAGAGGGAAGGGCUCUCGAGCGCGAAUAUUCAAGUCGCCGGGAAGCUCGGCAGAGGAGAAGAGGGGAGGUAGAACAUGAGAAACCGAAGAUAGAGGAGGUUUCAAGAUUAGCAACCGAGAUUUACACCAUCUCCUAUCUUAUCCUCUUCGCAAUACUGGGCACUCUCGCCCGGUUAGGACUCCAAGCGCUAACAUUUUAUGAUGGUGCUCCUGUGGCUUUCAGCUCUGUGUGGCCCAAUUUCGCAGGCAGUCUAGUCCUAGGUUUUUUGGCUGAAGAUCGUAUGCUUUUCCGAUACGAAUGGGGUACUCCGACGUAUGAGCUGCGACUCUUGCGGGCGAAACAAAAUGGCGUUGACGAGGAGACAGGAGGUUCUGGCUCGGAUAGGGUAAAUGUCGACCUUGCUGCAGCAAAGAAGGCCCAUAUGGCUACCAAGAAAACUAUACCACUCUACAUCGGCCUUGCUACCGGGUUCUGCGGCUCCUUCACGUCCUUUUCCUCGUUUAUCCGAGAUAUAUUCCUCGCUCUAUCCAACGACCUGCCCACACCGGAUGCAGGACCGAUAACUACUCCCCGAAAUGGCGGCUACUCCUUCAUGGCUCUCCUCGCCGUCAUUAUUACCACCAUUUCUUUAUCAAUAUCGGGCCUCUUCGUCGGAGCCCAACUUGCGCUAGCCCUGGAGCCGAUCACACCAUCGCUUCCCUUCAGCUUCACCCGCAAGUUCCUCGACCGAUUCGCCGUCGUCCUCGCGUUUGGCUGCUGGAUCGGGGCCAUCCUGCUCUCUGCGCUCCCGCCAGACCGAUUCAGCAGCCAAGGAGCAGCGGAAACCUGGCGCGGGCGAGCGACUUUCGCGCUGGUGUUCGCGCCGCUGGGGUGCCUCGGGCGCUUCUACGCGUCCCUCUACCUCAACGGGUACUGGCCUUCGUUCCCGCUGGGCACCUUUUUUGUCAACGUAUUCGGCACCGUGGUCCUCGGCGCGGCGUGGGACCUCGCGCACGUCCCGCUCGGCGGCGUCGUCGGCUGCCAGGUGUUGCAAGGGGUCGAAGACGGGUUUUGCGGCUGCUUGACCACCGUGUCCACGUGGGUGGCCGAGCUGACGGGUUUACGGAGGCGGCACGCGUAUGUGUAUGGAGGCGCUAGCGUGGUGACUGCCCUGGCUUGCAUGAUUGCUAUUAUGGGGGGGUUGAGGUGGACCGAUGGGUUUAGCACGCUGGCUUGCUCACAUUAAAAUAAGGGGUUUAUUUGGAUGUCUAGAGUCAUCCCGAGAGUCUGCGCGCCGAGAAUGGAGCCAUCUCAUGCCCGAUACAUAUUUGACGCCAUCUUAGUUUGAGCAUAGUCAAGGCUGGAUUCAUUUGCUACUGCAAGAUCAUAUUGGACAGAGUAA